AUGACAAGCUCACAAAGCCUAUUUCAAAGCGCAGGUCCACUGAAUGUGGCUCAAGUGUCACGUCCUAAGCGUGGACUUAUGAUCAAGGAACGUGAGACAAGUAAGAUGAAAGGCCCUCACCAAUCUGGACGGCGACAGACAAAGGAGAUCAAAGAAGCUGUUCGGACAUAUUGGUGGGCCCCCACUUUCUUUCUACUUCUAACAGAGGCAGCAGAGAAAGUUUGUUGGGUGGGCCCGACCAAGAUUGUACAGCAGGCACAACGCACAUCACCUUCGCUAUUCAAGAAGCUCACAUCUCAAGUGAUUGGGAGACAUAUUGUCAAAGGGAAAGGGUGGAAUGAUGAUGCCUUAAGGAAGGCAGCACAACGAGAGUCUCCUGGGGGGAAAACAACUCGGCAAGGAAUUUUGUUGAAAAAGGGCUCCCAGAACUACGACGGCGGAUGGUUGGCCUUUGAGAAAGCACGAUCAGGCGAAUUCAGUCUAGCGCAUUCAAGUCUCACUAGCCCAGGGAUGCUGGACAUCCUGAGGACCCUCCAUAUCGACAAUCCACCACUCUUUUCGGAGUUUUCCAAACCACGCUCAGUCCCCAAAGUACCACUGAACCGCACUCAACGUACAGAUGGCAUACAAUCAGAUGAACCUCCAUUUUCAUCUGACGAUAAUGAACCAUCCGAUGUCCCCUUCAGCGCUGCACUUGCCCACGCUCUCACUGGGGAGAUUCCUGAGGGCCAUCUGCUUCAACCGGGCAUGAAAUCCAUUCAGCCCCGACCUACGCUUGCGAAUGAACUGGAUAACGACUUUCCUGAGGAGGAUGCCAAUGAUAUGGGUUCUAAUUUGUCGCUUGGUGAUGGUUCAAGCAAUGAUGACUACAACGGCAGCUUGGUUUCUUGUAGUAGGGAUUCAAUCCCUUCGGGGCCGUUCAGUUCAAAACCUUCGUGCGACAUGCGACUGAACUUAUGGUCGUUAUACCACACCACCAACCCCAACCCAACUCCCGACCCAAUUCCCAACCCACCAACCCAAUUAGGCCCAACCCCACCCAGUGCCAAGAAAUGUUGUAAUGUAGGGAUUCCUGAUAAGGCAAUCCGCUUACUUCAGCGGUUAUACUCGCAAGAACAGAGUAACUGCGCAAGCAUACAAAAACCCCCCCCCAAAAAAAAGGAGGCGAUGGGGCAGGUGGAGGGUAACGAUGAAGACAGACAGAGAGUAGCAGCAAGAAGCGCCAACAAAAGAGAAGAAGUGAAGUUACAAGAAACAAGGCAUGAGCCGAAAAAUGAAAGACACCGUAAACAUCCGGGAUCCAACUUGCAAAGGGUAACCAAGGCUAACUGCCUUAUCCAAUGCAAGACCGAAUAUUCAACAUGA